AUGCCGCAGCUCUUCCCGUCCAACCCAUCCGACCUGAUGGUCAUCCGCGCAGUGACGCCCGCGAUCAUCACUAUGAGCCUGCCAUUCGCGCGGUUCGGAGUCUGGCGCUUCGGCGGUCGAGGCACACUUGUCAAGCUCUCCACGGGCGCCCUCGCCGUUUUCUCACCCGUGAGCCUCACCCCGGAAGUCCGCGAGCGGGUUGAAUCCCUCGGCGGCAACGUCAAGUACAUCGCUGCUCUGGACCUCGAGCACCAUUUGCAUAUCUCAACCUGGAAGAAGGCCUAUCCGCAGGCGGAGAUCCUGGCUCCCGAAGGGUUGUGGGAGAAGCGAAACAAGACGGCUGAGUUCAAGGGCGAGGAGCCGUUCUCGCACGUUUUUAGGAAGGAUUCACCAAACGCUAUCUCCGAGGAGUUCGAUGCUGAGUUUGAGUCGGAGUAUGUGCACGGGCACGCGUCCCGCGAGCUGGUCUUUUUGCACCGCCCUUCGCGCACGGUCAUCGAGGCCGACAUGCUCUUCAAUUUGCCUGCGACUGAGCAGUACUCCAAGACUCCUGAUGCCAACCCUGUGAACUGCCUUACUAAUCUGGUACUGCCCAUGCUGCGGACUAGUGUUCCUUCUACUGGCCAACGACGCUUUGCCUGGCACAUUCUCUCGCAGCAAAAUCGCUCGGAGUUUACUGCGUCUGCGAAGCGCAUCGCUGGGUGGGACUUUGAUCGGAUUAUUCCUUGCCACGGAGAUGUCAUCGAGACUAACGGAAAGGCGGUCUGGCAGGAUGUAAUGGCUUGGUUCCUAAAGGACGAUUCCAAGCAUGUCUGA